AUAGAUGCAGCUCUUAGAGAUGAGGUUUCUAAAGAGAGAAUGGAAUCUCUGACUCCCUCAUCAAACAUAGUAGAUAUAAAUCUGAAGAUAACUCAUACAGAAUGCCAUCCCGAAUGCUUGGUUAUAAUGUUCCAGGGUCAGUACAAGGCAGGAUGUGAGCUUGACUAUUACAUACUACAAAAUGAAAUACAACGUGUAUCCAAAGUAAAAGGUAAUGUUAACAUUGGUGGAUCUUGUUUGGUAGAAGAUGUAGAAGGGAAAUGGCAUAGAGGAAGAGUUCUGGAGAAGAGAGAGAGCAUCUGUGAGGCUUUUCUUAUAGACACUGGGCAAGUGCUAGUGGUUGAGGAAACACAUCUUGCUUCUGUUUGUGAUGAAUUUUUUCAGCUGCCUCCAAAGGUGAUUUUGGGAGUUUUUGCAAGCAUACUUCCUCUUGGAGAAAAAUGGAGUCCAAAAGCCAUUAACUAUUUUUCAUCUCUGGUAGGAUUACAGAUUACAGGUCAUGUGAAAGCUGUUACACCAUGCCAACUAUUUGUUCUAGAAGUACCAAAGAUCAUUAGUGAUGUUCGUGAACUGCAGUUAGGAAAAUUUAUAGAUGGAGAUUCAUUUUGUCUUAUUGUAGAAACGUUACAAGUGUUUCCCCAGGAAAUGCUUUGUAAGAGAGUGCCAAAACUGUUGCAACGGAAGUAUCCUGUCAAGGAGUUGCUUGCUUUCAGUACUUCUGAGAAACCAACAGAUUUUUGGCCAGUUCCAGGUGAUUUCUUUCCACGUCUACCUGUUGGCAGUAAAGAAAAUGUAAAAAUAACUGUUGCACUAAGCCCAAAUAAAUUUUACUGUCAGAUACAGAAAUGGCAGAAAGAGCUGGAAGAUAUGACAGAAGCUAUGCAUUCGUACUAUGAAGCUAUCAGUACAGAAAACAAUAAAUCUUCUGAUAGUUUAGGGCUACUCUGUGCUGCCAAAAGGCAAAAUGGACAAUGGCAUAGAGGAGUGAUAAAACAGCUUCUCUCUGACCAUAUUGAAGUCUGGUUUAUGGAUUUUGGCGAUACUGAAACGGUGCCAUCUAGUUGCGUUCAGAAACUUAAAAUAGAGUUCAUGGCAUUACCGAUGGUUUCAUUUCCAUGUGCACUCUCUUGCUUUGGUAGUCAGGAUGAAACAGUAAUAAAAACUCAACUGAAAGAACUUAUACAGGCCUUGAUAGGACAGACUUCUGUGUGUGUCCAUGUGGAUUUAUUCAAUGACGUUGAACACUUGUAUCACAUUACACUACAAAAACAAAAUCUUGGAAGUAACUGUAAGCAUCCAGAAAACCUGAAUGAGGCAGCUGCAUCAUGUGACUCGCUUUCAGAAACACAAAUCACAACUAUUGCUGUAAACUACAAACCAUGUGAUGAGAGAUGCAACUCAUUCAGGAAUAGUACUGGAAAUAAACAUACAAAAAACUGCUUACCUGAAAGGGACAUUUCUUUGUCAAGCCACUGCAAAAGAGUAGAAAUGCAAAUGAAUUCUUUCCAUCUUGCUUUUGUGGUAUAUGUCAUAAAUCCAUCUGACUUCUGGAUUCAAACAUGUGAAUAUCAGAAUGAAUUUCAAGCCUUGAUGAAAAAGAUUGCAGAAACUUAUAAUCCAUGCAGAGCUGACGAAAUGGUCCUUAAAAACCCAGAACCUGGGUUGCUGUGCUGUGCUCGGUAUAGCAAAGACAUGUGUUAUUAUCGGGGUGUUGUCGCUGAAGUGCUUCAUGUAAAUAUUACUGUUUUUUUUUUGGACUUUGGAAAUACAGACACAGUACCCUAUUAUGAUGUGAAAACAUUGCUUCCUGAGUUUUCUGGUUUACCAGCUUUAGCUAUGUGUUGUGCACUUGCUUGUACGCUUCCUGUUGAUGGUGUAUGGGUUAAAAGGGAAACUGAUUUCUUCAAAGACAUUGUGUUCGACAAACUACUCAUGUUUCAUGUCAUUGGAAAGCAAAACAACAGGUAUAUUGUUAGUGCGCAAUAUAAGAAUGGUUCGCAGGUAAGAAACGUUGCCACCUACAUGGUUCAAGCUGGAUAUGCUGAACACUGGGAAAAGACACCAGGUUCUGUUCGAGAUUUGGCAAAAAAAAGUCAAGCCUUGAAUCGCCACAAGUUUAAAAAAAAAAAUAGUGGACAGAGCACCUGUAAUAUUUGUAAAAAUAAGGUAUCUGGAAAUGGAGAGAUACUUCAGAAGAAAAAAUCGUUAAGUGUGCCUUCAGUGCUGAGAGAAUCUGUUGUGCUGUCCUGUUUCGGAAAAGGUGCUAUCUCUAAAAGGCACAAAUUGAUACAUGAGAAGAAAUUACUUUAUAAACAGUUAGUGUUGAAACCAGGAGCUGUUUUUGAAGUGGUAUGUUCUUACGUUGUUUCCCCAGGAGAUUUUUCAUGUCAGUUGCGAAGUAAGCUGCCAGAGCUAAAUAACUUAAUGGAACAAAUUCAGACUUACUAUAAAGAGCAUAGCAGUCCUUACAAAACCGGACAGGUUGCCUGUGUUGUUAAAUGUCCCAAAGACGGGAAGUGGUACAGAGCAACUGUUGUGCAGCAAGUGUCCAGAAACGAAGUUGAUGUGGUUUUUACUGGCUCCCUUAAUUGUUCUGAAGAAGUGUGUAGGCAUUUUGAAGAUUUCAUUACUGCUUCUAGAGGACCACUGACUUGCAUCAUUUACGCUCUCAUUCUUGUAAGCCCCAACUAUUUAUGCAAUAUAGUUGACUUACAGACUCCAUUUAUUAGUGCAGAGGAAUUCCUCAGAGAACGUGGUCUCACCCAGUCUGAAUAUAUGGGUUUGAGAAACCUUGCGUCGUUGGGUACUCUGUACAGUUUUUGCUACUCGUCUUUUAAUAUAAAAAUUGGAAGUGAGGAGGAGGUUUAUAUAACUCACAUACAUAGUCCUUCAAAAUUCUAUUGUCAGCUUAAUCGAAACACUGAAACUAUAGAGGCAUUGAUGAAGAGGGUUAGUGUCAUAAGUAAAAUGUCAAAUAAUGCGAAAUACGGUACCAGCAAUACGCCAUUAUGUAUAGCCAGAUAUUUUGAAGAUGGUCUCUUUUACAGAGCUUUGGCUUUUCCCGUGGAAUCGACAUCCUGUCUAUGUGCCGACUUUGUGGAUUUUGGAAAUAAGAACAUUGUAGAGAGAGACCAGUUAAUGCCCAUUCCAGACUCUGCCACUGACCUAAUAUUCACACCCAUGCAAGCCGUUAAAUGCUGUCUGUCAGAUCUUAGGGAAACAGAAGUUCCAGCAAGAGUUACUAGAUGGUUUGAGAGAACGUUUAUUGGUAAACUGCUGAAGGCUGUAAUUGUAUCCAGAACAACAGAUGGACAGAUUGUUGUGGAGUUGUAUGAUGGAGAGCUCAAAGUCAGUCAGAAAAUUAAGGAAAAAAUACUAGAAGAAUUGACACUGAAAAAUAAUGCAGAACAAUUUGUUGGAAGUAAUGGAGUGGUAUGUCACGUGAAAGAGUACAAAGAAAUUAAUAAAGUAACUGUGAAAAAUCCCGAAAGAGUUAAAUUGAAAACUGAAGUGAAAUGCCAAGUAUAUGAUAAGUAUUGUCGGACAGAUGUUGGACAGAAUUUUGGAGAUGAAGAACCAAGUGCAUGUAGCACACAAAAGUUGUGUAGCGGGUCCUCAAAACCGCUAGCUGUACAGGACAGUCAAGAACCAGGUUUUAGAAAUACUGUCAGUGCCGUUCUGGAGCAUGGAGAGGAACCUCUGGCGAAUUCUGAAGUAGCAGGGUACAUUUGUCAUGUGAAUAGCCCAUCAAGUUUCUAUAUUCAGCUUGCAGAGGAUGAAAACUUAAUAAGACAACUAGCAGAAGAAUUGAAUGAAAGCGUGGUGAAUAUAGGUCACAAGAAUUGCUUAGAUGAGCUCAUGGUAGGGGAUCUUGUUGUAGCAGAGCAUGACACUGGUUGUUUUUACUAUAGAGCAGCUAUUAAAACUGUGAAAUUGGGAAACUCCUUUGAGGUAGAGUUCAUUGACUAUGGUAAUGCAGCAAUUUUAAGUCCUUCAAAAAUCUGCAGGAUUCAGAAAAAGUUCUUAACUUUACCGAGGCUCAGCGUUCAUUGUUUCCUUAGCAAAGUAAAAAGUGUUCCUGAUGAAAGCUGGAUUAAUAAAAGUACUUCCUAUUUUGUAAGUGAAAUAAGUAACAAGCCAGUCACUUGCAAGUUCUUACAGCAACAUGGAGAGCAAUGGGAAAUAGAUGUAAUUUACGAUGGAAAGUCUAUGUCUAAUGAACUUCUGCAGAAUAAAGGCAGGACAAGGUGGCAAAACACGUCAAUGCAUAAUGGGGAAAAUAGGCCAGAACAAGUUCUGAUUACUAAUGGUAAUCCUAAAGGUGGAAAGUCUUGGAGUGGUUUACGUGGUCAAAGUAAAACUGAGGCUGUUAGGAUGAAAACCAGUUCCAAAACACCCUUAAAUGUCCUUCCUCAGGAUCUAAAUUCUGGACAGGUGGAAGGAGCAGAAGUAAUUAGUAUUUCAGAAAGUGGAGAAUUUCAUGUACAGUUACUUAGAAAUUUGCGAAUAUUACAUGAGUUAAAUGUAAUGCUUGUCAAAGAAGCACAAAGGAGUGAUUUGAUCAGAGUGGAAAACAUUGAAGAAGGAUUGGAAUGCAUGACAAAAUCUGAAAGCAACUUGAAGUGGUAUCGAUCAAAAGUGAUAAAGAAAUUUGUCAGGGAGAAGUUAAUGCUAGUUUUUUUCAUGGAUUAUGGAAAGCGUGAGAUGGUGCCCUUAAAUAAUGCAAAGAUGCUCAGUGACAAGAUUAAAAGUAUUCCUAAACAAGCUGUGUUUUGUAAAUGGAUUUCGUUUAAAAAAAUUAAGAAAAAUCAGUUUGUCCAUGUAGUAAAUGCACUCCUGGAUCGUGAAGUAAGGAUCUUGUUUUUGACAUACUUGGAAUCCUCUCAUAUCUGGGAAGUAGAUAUUUUAAUGGAAGAAAUUCUGCUUCAGGACUAUUUGAACCAGCUUUUAAGUUAUAAUCCAACUAUUGUUGGACCAGAAGAAUCCAGUAAUACAGACUGUAAGGAAUUUGAUACAUCAUUCAAGAUAAAUUCAGUCACAUGGCUGCUGCUGCAGCGUGGCAGAAGGUGUCCUGGGUUUGCAACUGCAGUUACUGAUCCUUCAAACUUCUGCGUCCAGUUUGAAGUUUCAUUUGAUUGCAUGAAAAACUUGUUUCUGCUGCUCUCUGACCUUCCUGACAACUUGCCAGCUUUGUCAGAAGAACUCGUGACUCCUGGUGGUAGCUGCUUAAUCAAGUUUGGCCUGGAAGCACAGUGGAACAGGGCAGAAAUUAGUGAAGUAACAAGUCAAUCUGUUGUUCUUACGUUUAUUGAUUAUGGCUUUCUGAAGAGCAUCCCUUAUUCUGAUAUCCAUAAGCUUAAAGUUGUUCCAGAAAGUCUGUCUUAUUUACCACGCUUAGCCCACUCUUGCUCUUUACAUGAUACAGUUCCUGCCAAGGGGGAAUACUGGAGUGAUGAAGCUAAACUUCUGUUUCAGAAGCUUCUUAGUAAACCGGGUCUGAUAUUUCAUUUUAAACACUAUGGCUCUGACAUGAAAUUAGAGGUGGAUGUUUGGUAUGAGGAGUGCAGUCUAGCUGAUGCCUUAAUUGCUGCUGGCCAUGCAGUCUAUUCUAGAAGUAAGUGCUGCCUCAUUCGAGUUGAUAGAAUUAAAUCAGAAAAAACAGGCCUGCAGUCUAAGUGUCCAAAUUCUAGUUACUGUCCUCCCCUUUGUGAACCAGAUGACAAUUAUGAUGAAAACUCUUGCUUGUCUGGCAGAAAUAAAGCAAAUAAGUGA